AUGGCGAAACACCAAACUUCGCGGAUUUUCGUUGUCGGUGGCACGGGAGCCCAGGGGAUACCUGUUGUUCGAGGUCUGGUCAAAGACGGAAAGUACAAAGUCCGUGUCUUGACCCGGGACGCAAAUUCACGGCGAGCCAAAGAGUUGGUUGCGCUCGGCAACGUUGAGCUGGUCGAGGGUACUUUCGCCAGUGAGGCAGAUCUUCGGAAUGGACUCCGGGGCUGUGAUGGCGCCUUUGUCAACAUCGACGGUUUCAACUCUGGUGAAAAGACGGAAAUAUAUUGGGCUAUACGUAGCUAUGAGCUUGCCAUCGAAGAAGGAAUCAAGUUCUUUGUCUAUGGCAAUCUCGACUACGUGUACAAGAAGAGUGGCUACGACCCCAAGUUCAGGACGGGGCACUAUGACGGCAAGGGACGGAUCGCGGAAUGGAUCUUGCUCCAGAACAAAGACAACGACAAACGUAUGGGCGCUGCCAUCUUCACCACGGGCCCGUAUAUCGAGAUGUCGAUCGCAAAGGCGACCAUCUUCACCCCGUCGAUCGAGAACGGCGUGGUCACGUGGAGAGUUCCUGUUGGGGACGGCGCAGUGGUUCAUGUUGCACUGGAUGACUGUGAGCAUUAUGUGCGCUGGCUGUUUGACCACCCAGAACGCUCCAACGGCAUGGAUCUCGAAGUGGCAAUCGAUCACAUCCAUUAUGCCGACCUGGCAGCAGCGUUUGAAAAAGUGACUGGACACCAGGCUCGCUACAUCGACACGGACCUCGACACCUACUGGAAAACGGGCAAUACCGCUGGCGCCGCAGACACAGGAAGUGCAUACAACUCGGAUCCCAAGGAUCCUGCGUUCAUGACAUUCCGCCAGAACUUUUCUGGCUUCUUCAACAUGUGGAAGUAUUCGGGUGGAAAUACUGGCGUGAUUCAAAGAGACUACAAGCUGUUGGACGAGAUCCAUCCAGGCAGAAUCAGAAGUGCAGAGGAGUUUUUCCGACGAGAAGACGCGAGGGGGAGGGCAUUGGGAUUGGGAUCACUUUGGGAACGUGUUCAGCCCAAGAACUUGAAGCCAGUGCUGAAGCUUGGAGAGGACAGGAGACAAGGAAGACUAUAG